UAAACAACACGAAGAUGGGUUUGUAUCUUACCAGGUUGCAUUUACCUGAAGCAAAGAAACUCUCUGGCCUAGCCCAUUUGUCCUUUUAGAAAACUACAGCUGAAGUCCCCUGCAACGGAAGAACUCAGGUGUACAACAUAUUGAUUUGACACUUCUAUACAUUACUCAGUGCUCAUUAUGAUAUGCGUAACCACCAUCAGUCACCACACAAGAUGCUGUGUCUGAGGACCGAUACCAUUUUUAAGCAAGCCUUUUUUCUCUUAAGGUAUCACCACCUGACACAUUUUAUAUAUAGGCUCAGGACUUCAGGAGAAAAUCCCAUCUGUUCUGCAGGUCGAAUUCAUAGGUGUCUAGGAUGUUUUGAAAGUUAUCUAGGUGGCAUUCUGCUGAAUACCAGUCGGCACUACAAGUCAAAGCCUACCCAUGGCAUUGGAAGAUACAAGCACCUAGUUAAAGCACAGGAGCCCAAGAAGAAGAAGGGAAAAGUAGAAGUGAGACCCAUUAAUUUGGGGACAGAUUAUGAAUAUGGAGUUUUAAACAUUCACCUGACUGCAUACGACAUGGCCCUAGCAGAACGUUAUGCCCAAUAUGUUCACCACCUCUGCAACCAUCUAUCCAUUAAAGUUGAGGAAAGUUAUGCAAUGCCCACCAAAACCAUGGAAGUGUUGCGGCUGCAGGACCAAGGUAACAAAAUGCUCCUGGACUCAGUUCUUACCACUCAUGAACGAGUGGUUCAGAUCAGUGGUUUGAGUGCUACAUUUGCAGAGAUUUUCUUGGAAAUAAUCCAAAGCAAUCUUCCUGAAGGAGUCAGAUUGUCAGUGAAGGAGCACACUGAAGAAGACUUCAAGGGAAGAUUCAAAGCUCGGCCAGAACUGGAAGAACUGUUGGCCAAGUUGAACUAGCUCAUUGCAGACCCUUUCAUGUCAGGACUGGUGAUGUUGAGUGCCAAGGGGAAGAUCUUCCUGGGUGGUCAAAGUUAAGCAGAAGACACUAACCUUUAGAUAUCAUAACUACCCAUCCCCAUUAGCCAAGAAUGCUUCCUUUCUUGUAUGGAGGAGUGCUUGCCGAUUGUCACUACUUUCCUUUGAGCUAACCGAAGACAUCCUUCAUCUAAUAAAAAUCUGUAGCUGAUGGGUA